UAUGAGGGUCGGCACUAGCAGCAAGAAGAAGCCGCAGCUGUGGGCCCAGCAGGCGCUUGAUAGUGACUCUCUCUUUCCAUCGCACAUCUUCACUCGCACAGUCAACUCAUCCUGGGAUGAUCACACAGACAUGUUUGAUUCAGUACUGCGAUAGGAGUUUGUAUUUUACGAGGUGGAAGCGCUUGCAUCGGCCCAGCCCUUGUACUGCAGAGGCUGGAGAGCUGCCAGAGCAAUGGAUGUGAUGACUACAUGGGACAAUGACACAACAGCUGGGACAAUAUGACGCUCCUCUGUGGGCUGGACAGUCGAAUAAAUGAAAAUAUAAAACAACGACGAUCGCUAAAAUGUAUUGUAUCGGAACUAUCAACCAGUGUUUGUGGCCGGUCAUUUAUUUAAGCAGAUGCAUGACAGUUGAUAAACCGAAUAUUAUUGAAAAAGAACGUGGAUUAUCUGUCUCUGUUCAAUGUUUUAUCUAUGCGUUUACAUUAUCGAUCAUAACAGCCGAUAAAUCUCGGGUUUAGCUAGCUGGCCUUUCAAUAUUUUUAAUGAAAUAGCCUCUACAGGCUAACAUGCUAAUCGACCGACGUACCGUAAAAAUAACACCUUGCUUCCACCAUCCGCACGUCUCCACCUUUAAGACAUGUACCAACACCGUAUCGGCCCAUUAGAUGUAUUUAAUAUCGACGGACAACCUCUAAAUGUAGCACUGGCGGAACGGAGCGUAGCUAGCAGCUAAUGCAAACCGCAGCUUCGUCCGAGGGGUCGACUUCACUCGCGGUAUCCAUGGUAACGCAGUCGCAUCGCCACAGUCCUGCGAGCGUCUCUUUUAGCAGUUAAAGGGGACAGAUUAGCUGUUAAAAGUCGUUGAAUAUCCUUUUAAAUAUUUACCUACUCGCUAUAUGGUUGUAACAUGUAAAAAUAUGGACAUAAUAAAGGGUAGUUUGGACGGUAUUUCGAGACCAGCGUCGAGUGAGCUAACAGGUAGCCGUGUGUCGAGUGUUUCGCUGCCAAAUAGCGAGAGAUAUUGUCCAACAACUCCAUUUACUCUCGAAGUUUUGACCAACGACGCACUGGACUUCCAGUUUCCAAACACAGUUGAAGAAACCGACAUCCGCUCUAGCUCUGGAGAUCAGUCAGAGAUUGAUGAUGAUCCACAACUUCAGACGGCCCUUGAAGAAAUGAGAAGACUUGAUGAAAUGCUGACUGCAGUCAUCACCAGAGAGAAGCAAGCGAAGGUUCAGCUCAAACGACUGAAGGCAAAACUGUGGCAGGAACUUAUGGAUUGCAUACCGGCGGGACAUGCUGAGUGUGCACAGGAAGCGAAGAACACAAGGAUGUUUCUGGCUCUAGAAGCACCACUUGACUUGGAUGAGGAUGAAGAUUUUGUUCCGGUGUUUACAACUCAACUUUGUGAAAAGCAGCCACACAACCCAAGUGAAUCAUUUGAACAAGGCCUGGAGGAGACUGGUGAAGAGCAAUUUGACGGCAGACAUCGUGGGGCUUCCAAAGACAGAGAGAAACAGAAGGACUUUGUCAAGAGAAACAUCGAGCUUGCGAGGGGCGACCAAGGCCAAAUGCUUUUUACAAAAGCAGAGGAAGCUCGUCUGGCUGAACUUCUCAGAGACACUGAUGAGGAGGACACAGACACCGCCAGAGGAGUAGUCAGCGAGGAGGACGCGUGGGCUGUGUCCGUCUUGUCCGGCCAGGGUUACACCCCGCAGCCGUCUGACCUGCAGCAGCUCAGCGACAUUGAUUCCAAGCUUCGGCUUCUCCUUCCUCGUGAUGAGUUUCUCUCCGUGCAAAGCUCCUUCUCAAACUUGAGAGCGCCUCCGAUCCUUGGCCCAGGCGUUGACCGGAGGUGUGAUGACCAACAGCCAGGAGAAAAGGUCCUCCAGGAUAUAAAAGAAAGGAGAGAAGAAGAGCGGCGACUCCAAGAGAUCAACAGCCAGCUGAAGUUGCUGGAUCAAGACCGAGGGAUGGAUGGGCUUCUCGACCUAAUUUGACAAUGUUCUAUAUCAGUUUGUUCGCGGACUUUGGGCCGUCUAAGACAAAUGAAGAGGGUGUGCUGAAGGAAGCAGUGAUUCAUAGAACAGCAGGCAGCCCAGAGAGGGUAUCCAGACGCAGGCAAGCUAGCAGUGGCAGCAGGUAGGCUCGAACACGACUGGCAAAGGGUUAUAGCUUUGCGAGUACGUUUCAGUGAGCAGCCAGGCCAAAGGAAACUCCAGCAGCUCCAAGCACUAAAGCGCACAGAAGUUAUUUUUUAUGAUCUGGGACACAAUGCUAGUGUAUUUCCCAGGAUUUAAAUGAGACAGACAGGAUCAAAACAGGAAAUCUGUGCGGAAGAAAUUGCUUGGAGUCUUGCACGAGUGGCGAGCAAACUGGUAACAGGGGAAUAAAAAAUCUGGUGCUCAGACGAUCAGGAACAGGUGACGUUUCCUCAAUCAGGUGGACGUGACUCAGCAGGACUGUGUUUUAUUAUGCAUACACAUCCACAUGGACAAGGACAGGGCAGUUCCAGACCGUGCCUAAUUGUCCAGGAUGUUCGGUCAGCGACUGGAUUUUUACGGUAUUAGCGGUUUGUCCUGGAGGUGUUAAUCAGAUCCAGGAUCUAUCUGGCCUGAUGCUGGUGUCUCUGAAUGAGCACUGAAAUUAUGCUAUCUAUGAUGCCAAAAUUUCACGCGUCAUUUCUGCAUUGUCCCUCAACUCAAGCAACUCCCAUCGCCAGUGAAAAGACCGGAAUCGCUCUCAUUUCCACUCACGUGUCAAGACAUAUUUCUGCAUGGUGUUCAUCCCCUCGGCUUUUUGAUUUUGGCAGAUGCCGUAUGAUAAAUCCUAUCAAAAACUAAGACCAAUUUAAUAUUUGUAAUAUGUUGUCUUCAAGCUCUGUUUGGAAGUUCAAUCUCUCAACAUUUAAAUUAUCCAGAUCAAGCAGGCUUUUAAGCAUUUCAACAAUUUCAAAAUGUGGCCGGGAGUGUCCAGAGAGUGUGGUCAGCUUUAUCAGAAGAUUUAAGAUUGGUUGUGAGCUACCCACAUUGAUCAUUUGAAUUUGACAUUACAUCCCUAUUUUCCACUGACUUUGUUCCUCUGAAGAGCAAAUAAAGAUACAAAUUCCCUAAUGCACAUGAACGUGAGUUGUAUUUGACCUCAGCCGUGUCAUGAAUAUCUAAACUUCACUGCUUGCACACCCUUGAGGAGGAAGAUAAAGCUUUGCAACUACUAGCUGUGUCUACUAAGCUGUAUGUAUUUUGACAGCUAGAAUGAUUAAAACUCAGUUACAGUUGUACAUGAAGGACCUAAAGCUGGACAGGAGUCAACUUUCUUUUGGCUCAGUGUGAAUAGUUGCCUCUCAGGAUCAUUGGGAUUCUGUCCGAGUGAACUUCGUUUUUUCGUUGCAACAGCUCGCGAGUAGCACUCAACUACAGAAAGAACAAAAUAAUUUGGCUUACUACCACCUCCUCCUUCAUGAGGUAAUUCAGGGGGUUCACAGAUUAAUAUUUUUCUUUUCUUGGCGAGGGUGAGAAAGAGUUGUACAGCUGCAGUGGUGUCAUAGGUGCACGAAGUAUCGUUGGCGCUUUCUGUGAGAACGUUGACAUCUGAAUGGAAGUGCUCACAGUUUAACAAACAAAAUACUUUUUUAUUAAAAGUGAAGUGGCCUCUGGGACUGGAAGGAGGGAGGGGAUAUUUGGCUGAAAUCAAUGACCUUGUAAUCUGAGAGAAUUUGCCUUUGGUAUUCUUGCCCUCCUAUAUACAGCAGUAGAGCAGCAAAGACAGUUUGGUCCAUGGGGAAUGAGUUGGUGGGCUGAACAGCCCUGGCUUUGUCACGUUUAUCUCCUCACAGGAAACUGAUCUCAGAUGGAGACUGAGAACCUUCAUCUCAUACAUUCCAUCCCCUGUGGUCUACCCUCCCCUUAUUGUCUUCAGUAGCUCUCGUGAGAAAUGACUGCAUACAUGAAGUCAAAGAAAAUGUAUUGCCAAGACAGCUCUAUGACAGAGGAGUUUUUUCUCCCCUGCUUCCCU